CUCGUUUUGCUAGGUAUUUACUUUGAUUUAUAGAGUUUGAAAUAAAUAUUAUACACAAGUGCAUAGCAAAGAAUGGGCGCUCUUUAUUCUGGCGGUAUGUGCUGCCUGUGCCUUAGCAUUUGGGCUGUCAUACAAUUGACUUUAAUGGGAUUUUUCUAUAGCAUAGAAGCGUCAACGUUAGUUGAUGACGUGGAAGCCGAAAAAUAUAACGAUAUCUCAGAUUACUUAUCUAUUACAAAAGCUAAUUUUCAAAAGAUAUCAGGAGUUUGUUACUAUACUGCGUAUAUAUACGUGGUUAUGAUUCUGGUGUCCUGGUACAUGAUCUCUCGAGGAAAAUCAAAUGACAGGAAGGCGGCCGAAAAAGCUUAUGCAGAAGAAUCAUUGUGCGGAACACUAGAUGACCCCAAGUAAGAGAUGGUUCUCAUUAGAGCGGUCUUUAUCUGGGGCGGACGGGACAUGAUUUUAAUAAGUUACAUUGCAUACAUAUUAUCACGACUAUAGAUUCACGACAUUACUUACAUAUUCCUUGCCGGGCAGACAGAGCAAACGGUCUAAAAAAGGCUUAAAGGCUACAGCUGAACGUGAUUAACGUGGCCAUAUACAAUUUUGAAAGUCCCGCGGGCCCGGUCAGAAUAUGCACUUGGUAUAAUUGCUUCAUAUAAAAGGAUGUAAAGUUUCAGUUCGGUAGUUACGCAACAAUGGUCCGCUCUAAUGAGCAUCCACCCAUAAUAUCUGCUUGACGAAGAAAAAGCCUGAUGGUACUUCACAUCCUUUUAAGACACUUAACUGUGAAUCAAUGAACUAUUUCUAAUUAAUUUUAGU